CCUUGCAAAAUGGAUGGUGUCAUAAUCUGUGUUAUAGGCAUGGUGAAUUUUUAAUAUUCGUACGAGUAUUUUUCUAUAUUUCCACGCAUUUAUCUAACAAUGGGUCGUUCGAGAUCAAGAAGUAAAUCUCCGAGACGCCACCAUAAGAGUAGUAAACAUUCAAGAAAGAAGAGCCUCAAGGAUCGAUCUACAUCGCGUAGCAGAAGCUCCAAACAUACCGAUAAACCGAGAGAACGAAGCUCAAAAUCAAGGAAAAGGUCACAUUCCGUUACAUCGUCUACAAGUAGCGAAGCAUCCUAUGAUGGAGGCAGGAGUCAUAGAAAAAAGUCCAAAGGACGCAGUAAAAUGGAUGAAGUGGACCGCCUGGCGGAAAUGGAGCGACAGAGACGUGUCAGAGAAGCAGAACAAAAGGUGGUAGAAGAAGAAGCGGCAAAAAGAAUAGAGCUCCUUGUCAAGAAAAGAGUUGAAGAAGAAUUAGAAAAAAGAAAAGACGAAAUUGAACAAGAAGUUGCCAAGAGAGUUGAGGAAGCAAAGCGCAAGAUGGAAAAAGAGAUGAUGGAAGAGUUGGAGAGACAGAGAGAGCAACAGCGCCGCGAGGAGCUCGCUCGCCAGGAGGAAGAAGCUCGUAAAAGGAAAGAGCUGGAAGAUAUCAUGGCAGAAAAUAAUAGACGGAUUGAAGAAGCCCAACGCAAGUUGGCGGAGGAACGGUUAGCGAUGAUAGAAGAACAGAGAAAAAUGGAUGAAGAGAAACAAAAACUGAAAAAAGAACAAGAAAAAAGAAUUAAAGAGGAACAAAAGAAAAUCUUAGGUAAAAACAACUCGCGACCUAAAUUGUCAUUCUCUCUGAAACCACUCUCAUGAGUACAAAACAUGUGGAUUGUGAACUUUGUGAAUGAUUUCAUAACAUUCUCCUAAGUAGGUGACUAGGUGUAGUAUAAAUAAGUAUUUUAUUCAAAAUUGUCAUAUACAGUUGAUUUUCAAGAACAACAUUUGUGGCCAAAUCUUGUAGUUCAUAAAAAAAAGUUGGUUGCAUAAAGGGAAAUAAUUAGGCACUUAAAUGAAAAUAUAAAAAAUCUGAGUUAUUUAUGGAACUUCAUAGAAAGUGUGUGCCUGUUCCAGCCUUUAUUCCAGUUAUUUCAGUAGGCAGAUGAUGCAUUCAAUACAAUAUAAAAUAGACAUUAAGUACAUUGAGACUUAUUUAACAUUUAUUAUUCUAUUAGAUCAUAUUUUUUUCUAAAUUGAUAAUUUUCGGCCAGAAUGUUAUCUUUAAUUUUAAAGGUUGUUGUCCAAAAAGUACCUUUGAUAAUUUAGUGCAGUUUUAACAACUAAUACAAGCAAUACCUGCCAUUGAUAUUGUGUCCGUGGAUUGCCUUCUAAAUGUAAGAAGUAACUGCUCAAUAGAAUAAUAGAAGCAAUAGUAAACUAUAGAAUGCCGUAAAAUAGCCAGAAUAGUCAAUGAUUUCCUUCCAUUACUAUGAUGAGGUUCCAUUUAUGCGUAGGCCUUAGUGUUUAAAUUAACUGAAAGUCAGACAAAUGUUAUUUUACAACGAUUUUAAUAGGGCAAGGGCCUUGCACAUAUCAAGUAAACGUCAUGUUUAAAAUAAUCCUUGUGCAUUCUUUCUUUGGUAUUAAAAUCAUUGUAAUCCUAGCUUGAUCUGAAUCUGUGAUCUAAUCAUGUAAAGAAAGCAGGCUCAGCAGGAAUUGACCUAACAUUUCCUAUCUGAAUCGCACGCGACACAUUCCCGUCUCGCUUUAGUUUCCUCUAUAAUGCGGGUGGUCAAGCAAUGUAUGCCUUAGAAAUAGGAAAUGGAAGGUCAAUGAUUGAUAUUCAUCGUAUUUAGGACCACUUGCACCAACGAAAAUGGAUGGUUAACCCACCAUUUUAUAUGGAAUUUGACAGACGACAGCCCACUAACCCUGAGUUAAGUGGUUGGUGCAACUGGGCCUUAGCAUCUUUACAUUCUUUGAAAAGUUUAUUUCAAAAAAAGAGGUUUAGUCACGAAAUAUCUCUACUCUAAAUCUUUUAUAUUUAUCACUCUCAGAUAGUUUUAAAUAAUAGGUAUGUUGAUAACAAAACAUGAAAGUUGCCUUUAUGCGUAGUCACAGUCAUAUAGUUAGCCUCUCAAGAUGAUUGUUGUAUGUAUAUCAUGUCCAAAAAUCAAUUAUUAUGAUCUAGUUUGUUAAAUACAUUGCAAUAAUACAUACAUAAUAGUAAGCUGUUUUAAUAUAUAAAGAAAACAAACCAUUUCAUAGUUAACAAUUUACAACAUUACCAGCAAUCGUCAGAACAAUUAAUUUGAACUAAUCUCAGAAGGCUCAAUAAUCUCAAUCUCUGUUAAACAUAAUUACUUUACUUUCAUGAACCAAAUAAGUUGAAUUUUUCUGUUUACCAACUAAACAUCAAAAUUUUAUAACAAAGUGUUACUUUGGUUCACAUUGUAAAUAAGAAAAUUGUCUAUUUGAGGACUGCUUGUCUUAUCUGAUAAAACAUGUCGAGUGUUUUCCUAUCUCCCAUGGAUCAGUUUAAUCUCGUAAGUCCCUGCGUACUUCUAAUAGCGCAAAUUAAAAUUAUAUUCGAGUAUUGAAGUCAAAGCAA